AUGAUCAAGCCAAUCACAGAGGAAGAGAUAAUGGGAGCUAUUAAAAGCAUGCCAACUAACAAAGCUCCAGGUGUUGAUGGUUUUCCAGUUGAAUUCUAUACAAGCCAAUGGGAGGUGAUCAAAGCAGAUGUGAUUGCUGAUGUCUUGGACUUCUUUGAGAUAGGAAAGCUGCCAAAGGCCAUAAAUAGUACUGCUCUUACUCUUAUUCCUAAAGUUCCUAAUCCUACUCAGGUUAAGCACUUUAGGCCAAUAGCAUGCUGCACUACUAUUUACAAGAUAAUCACCAAGAUUAUAACUGGGAGAUUAAAAGCAGUAAUGAACUACUUAGUAGGAGACUCUCAAUCAGCAUUCAUUGAAGGCAGGAAUAUUACUGAUAACAUCCUAUUCACUCAUGAACUUUUCAAAGGCUAUACUAGGAAAGGCAUAUCUUCAAGAUGUAUCCUAAAGGUAGAUCUGAGGAAAGCCUAUGAUACAUUGGAUUGGUUCUAUUUGAAAAGGAUAUUGAUAGGACUGGGAGCUGACUUACAGUCAGUUAAACUACUGUACGAUGCUUUCCUGAAAUUUUCAAAAGCAUCAGGACUACAAGCAAAUCCGGAGAAAAGCUCAGUAUAUAUUGCAGGCACAUCUGAGAGGAUAAAAGAACUUAUAUUGCAGGAGUUGGCUUACAAUGAAGGCAACUUACCCUUUAAAUAUUUAGGGGUCCCAUUAGCUCCCAAAAAGCUGUCUAAUCAUCAGUGUUGGCCAUUAGUUGAAAAAAUCACUGCAAGAAUCAGCUGCUGGACCUCAAAACUAUUAUCAUAUGCUGGAAGACUGCAACUCAUCAAGUCAGUAAUAUUUGGGAUGCAGUAUUUUUGGGCUCAGGUAUUUUUACUACCAAAGAAGAUCAGCAAAAUGAUAGAGACUGUGUGUAGAACUUACCUAUGGACUGGGCAGGCUGACAUCUCCAGGAGAGCCUUGGUAGCAUGGGAUAGAGUUUGUUUACCACAAACAAUGGGAGGGUUGAAUGUGAUAAAUCUGUGCAACUGGAACAAAGCUGCAAUAAUGAAGCAUCUAUGGGCAAUCACAAAGAAGAAAGACUGUUUGUGGAUUCAAUGGGUCCAUACCUACUACAUAAAAAAUAGGAGCAUUGACACUAUGCCUAUACCUAAGAAUGCAGCUUGGGUUGUAAGGAAGAUUAUUGAGCAAAGGAAGUUCAUAUUGAAUAUACCAACUCUACAAGGCAAUGUGCAAGAACGACUGGAAUCUCUACAAAGCACAAGUGGUAAAUUCAGUAUUAAGAAGCUUUAUAACUUGCAAACUCCUCAGGGACAGAAGGCAGAAGAGCUAUUGGAACAUCUAUUCUUUGAAUGCUCAUACACAAGUUCUAUCUGGAAGAGAUUGCUAAACUGGAUGGGAAUUCAAAGACAAAUUCAAACUUGGGAGGAGGAGCUACAAUGGGUGACUUAUCAGGCUAGGAAGAAGAAAGGGAUUGGCAAUAUCAUUUCAGCAGUUUUUGGCAUGUUGCUGCACAAUAUAUGGAGGGACAGGAAUGCAAUCAGAUUUCAAAGUGGAUGCACCUUAGUAGAGCAGAUAUGCAGAGAGAUCACCUCAUAUAUCCAUAUCAAGAGCCAUAUACACAACAAUUGGAAGGAUUAUAUGGAAGCUUUAGAUAGAUAUCCAUAA